UAUUCCAACAACGCUUUUUUAACACAGUUUUGACAACGUGCACGUGGCAGCUUGCCAUUGGCUCAGUAAUUUGAAAAUGGAACAGAGAAGGGGUUACGGUCAUAGGGGUAUUUUGGGCUUUCCAAAUUAAAUUUUGACAAAAUUUGGGUUUCGCGGUUUAGGGUGCCACAGACGUUCGUUCAAGCCUUCGUUCUUCUCGUUCGUUCAAGCCUUCUCUGUCGUCCGUCUUCUCUCUCGCUGUGUCGUCCGUCUUCUCGUUCGUUCAAGCCUUCGUUCUCUUGCCGUGUUCGAAGCUUCCAUCCUCGGUUUCGUUCUGUCCUCCUUCUUCAAAACGUGCGUUGAAACCCUUACAUUUUGGUGGCCGUUGCAAUGGAAGGGAAAAAAGCAAGUUGGCGACUUCUUAUCUCGAUGGAUUCAUCCAUCAUUAUUGAAAUGAAUCGUUUGCUCCGACAGUGUCAUGUGGAUCGGAUUAGGAUGACACCAUUUAUGUGGUGUGUGAAUAUUAAUAACCCUGUGGAGGUGAAUUUAAAAUUAUUGAAGGUUAUGGUUAGCAGGUGGGUUGGAAAUGAUAACAGUUUUAGAGUUCGUCAAAAGUUGGUGCCGUUUAGAGUUGUUGAUGUGUUGAUGAGCUUAGGUUUAGAAAUAGGUGGUUUAGAGAUUCCCUUUGAUGAAGUAGUUGGUGGAUUGGUUGGUGAAUUGUUCAAAUCAAAAACCAUCAGUUUGAAGGACUUGACAGACAUGUUUAAUGUCAUUGUUGAUGAUAAAAACAUUGAAGUCGAUGUAGUGUGUAGGUUAUAUAUAUUAGUUUGUUUGGUUGUUUUCUAUUUCCCUAGGAAAUCAAGGCAUGUUUGUAACAUGCCUUUUGGAGUGUUAGAUGACUUAGACCGUUUGUGUCUAUAUGAUUGGUGCACCGGUGUACAUAAACACAUUGUAGAGAAUUUAAAUAAAUGUAAGAAGAAAAUUAUGGGAGCAGGUAUCCCCCAGUCAGUCACUCUCAGUGGCAAUGUGGCAGUGUUGCAGGCUUGGGCGGUUGAGAGACUUUCUUUGCAUGGUCAUCCUUCGCACCGGUUUUUCCCCCGCAUAAUGAGAUGGUUCCCGUUUAAAUCAAGGACCGAAAAAAUUGAAAAUAUUUUUAUGACCGGAGAUUUAAAUAUGGAGUGGUAUAUACGAAAUGAAGAUCGUCAUAGGCCGGAAAUCCGUGCAGCCUUCAACAUGGAUGACGGAGGAAUGAGUGAAGGAUCCAAGGUUGACCAAGACGAUGAUGAAGACGAAAGCUCUGAUGACGGGGCAUGGGAAGCAGUUGCGGAGGAGAGAUUGAGGAAAAAUAACGAACAUAUCAGAGCAUUGAAUGCCAAGAUUGGAGUUCUGACUAGGGAGCUAUUUGAAAUUUAUCAAAAUCCAAUCUUUCAUGAAGAAGAUGCAUGUGCCACUGAUGAAGAGGUUGGGGGUGGAGUUGGAGGUGAGGAGAAUGCUCAAGUUGGGGGAGAAGAAGAAGGUGAUGGACAUGGAGUUGGAGGUGAGGAGAAUGCUGAAGUUGGGGGAGAAGAAGAAGGUGAUGGAAAUGAAGUUGAUGACCCCCUAGGUGCACAUGCCGAAGUAAGAGGGGAUGAUGAAACUGUUCGUAACAUUAAUUUUAUUGAAAUAGAAGAUGAUGCUGAUGAAGGAGAACCAGAGGUCGUUCCAUUGGCUAUACCCCCAUUGCGGAGUUUUGUUGGUGAUCCAAGCACUAGUGUUGAUGUUAACCAAUUGUAUACAGCAGUCAGCAUCAGAGAGAUGAACGUACACAGGGUUGUAAGCGAGAUAAUUGGCCAAAGCUUGAGCACGACUUCAAUUUACACUUUGGCCCCAUUGAAAUACGUUGAUAACAUGGUUAGUAUUGUCACAUUUGGUUGUGUUUCAUGUUAUAGUUUAUUUUAGUAAUGUGAAAAUUUUUUAUUG